UGAUGACAGAAGGACGCGUACUCAAAGGAACUUUAAAAAGAAUAGAUAGGUCUAGAAUGCUGGGCUAGUGCAGAGAUAACAUCCUUCUGCCUGAAUCACAUAUAGUUUUAAAUAGUUCAAAUGAAGCUGGAAUUGGACACUGAGGUUCAUUCGGCACUCCCGGGAUUUCGAACGUUUGCUUUACUUCAAAGAUGUCAGAAGGAAACAAAAUGCUGCAUCCUGAAUUCCCUGUUCGACCAUUAAUGUACACUGGUUUAGGCGAUGUAAUUGGUUCUACUGUAUGGUCAAGUGCAGAAGCAUCAUCAUUGGCUGCAAUCCCAGGGUCUAAAGUGGAGGAUUCAACUAACUUUCCACAUCCAGUAGCUGAAUCACUUGCAAAAUUUGGUAAAGCAGCUGAAAAAGCGAAUAGAAUGAGAGUUUUAGCUUCUACUCAAGGUUUACACGCACCAUUACGUCUAUCUAUGGAACAACAUAUAAUGCAACGUAUUCAACCACGUCUACCUGGUUUAUAUUCUUAUCAUCCUUUAGCUAGUCAAUUAAAUGGGAGUUUAGAUGAGAUUGAUAUAGCUGACUUUAUAAAUCCUGCAGAAGAUUCUGAAACCGUUGGAAUGCCCCAAUUGAUGAUGGAGCAUAAACUUGGUCUUUUGUAAAUGACAAUCGGUUUUCUCGAAUUGAAUGAAACAGUCAGUCUUUCUUGAAACUAUUAUUACAAAAAGAAAUAAUAAUGAAAUACAUUGUCCUACCAUCUUUGUAUUACAAAUAAUGUUCUCAAUAUCAUUUUGUAAGAAAUAAAAAUGACAAAUAUAUAUUUUAACAUCCAA